UUCACCCAAAUACAGAAACUUGCUGCAGACAACACACAUACAAUGAUGAUGAAAACUUUCAGGUAAUCGACAACACCACUGACAAGUGUUCAUUGAACAAGCAUGUUCCAGCCAGGUUCGUCACUUGUUUGGGGUACCCUUGAAACAUUUCUUUGUCAUCAGUUCUCCUCUGUCCAACAGUGAACAGAGCAUUAUUAUAAUUCAGGCAGCUAUCAUAAGUCCGAUUGGGAUGAUCGCAACAGUAAAGUAUUUAUUCCAGUUCCAUCCAGUUGAGGAUCAUAUUCAUCACGCUGGAAUGGACGGUUUGGUGAGGAUCUGUGCCACUGGCUGUCAUUAUAUCACAUGACAUUGUAGCUACUGUAAUUUUUUGACAGACCACCAGAAAGUAUAUCUGAAUCCUGUCUCAUCCAGUCUAGAGUGACGUGUUCAUACUGUUGAAAUGUAUGCCAUACAGAUAAAGUGCAGUCUUGUGUAUUUUCAAUCACUGACAUCAAAAUCGUAUCCAUAUUACUUAUGAAAAUACUGUCAGAGUGUCUUUGUGAACAAUGACACAAGGACUUGUCAUUCUGAUGGCACUGAUAUAAGGAUUAUGAGCUGGUUACAGGCUAUUGCAGGUAAUUCAUUGUGUGCUGUUAUUUGUAUGAACUGUUUUAAGAAAUGCACAUACUGGUUUACAUCUUAAGGAUGCAUAUGAAUGAGAAUAUAUAAUAGGAGAGCAGUUACAGCAAACAUUGUUUUAUAUUUAGAGAGAGAGAGAGAGAGAGAGAGCAGUUACAGUGUUUAGUAUAAAAAGUGUUUAAAAGAAUCAUGACUCAAGCUGGGACGUUUACAUGUUUGUUUACAGAUUUAUUUUGUUCUUACUUUGAUUUUAAAAGGCACUGGAUGUGAAACCCCUGCUCCCCUAACCCUAACCCUAACCCUAACCCUAGCCCUAGCUGAGAGCUGCAGACAGUCUGACACUGAGUGACUCGCCGCCCUUCCCCCACCGGCCUCUGAUCGCGCGCGCGCCUCCCGCCCAUCCCCCCACAGCAGCAGCGCAGCAGCUUCAGUGCAGAGUGAGAUCAACUCUGAUGAGAGAUCACAAGUGCUGCUCAAAUGAUGGAAUAAUCUGUCGUGGCUAUGCGUUUUUAAAGCACUUUUACAAGAUCUAGCAGCUUUUCCUUCCUUUAUAUUUAAUAUAAAAUACCAUAAAUUAAAAAAAAAAAUGGAAAGAAAAUGCUGUUAAUAAAGUGCACGUUAAAGUUUAUUUUAGAGCCUCGAAAUAAUCCACACAUCUCCCUGAUUUUAACUCAAACAUUUGAUUAAAUAGAAUUAGUAAAAAUUAAGAUAUGUGUUCCAAAGAGAUCGUUUAAAAGUGAUCAUGUGUUCUGUCCGUUUUUAUUUUAUUUUUUAUUUUUUUAUUUAAGUUUGAAGAACCAGUACUGUGAAUAAAUCAAACAAAGAUCUAGGUGUUUGCCAAAAUAUUUAUUAGGUCAAAUAAAUGUAGUCACAAUUUCAACGUGAAAUCCAAAUACGUAACUACGUCAUGCACGCACGUCAGCUGUGGAUGUGUUUUCCCGGGAAAUGCAAUCACAUGGCAUUGCUUGACGCGAAAAAGACGACAACCCCCAUCAAUGGACGCUGGAGAGAAAUAAUGCUGAAAAGAAAAAGGCGUAAAACACCUCUGCAGGAUGCAGAGGAUCACAUGACCCGUAGAGCUGAUAAGCCUGGGCUUCAAGAGCAGUUCAUCAGCAAAUAUAAAGGGCGUGGGGUUUUCACCACUAGAGCUUUUUUCAGAGGUGAUUUCGUUCUUGAAUACAGAGGUGAACUUCUGAGUUCAGAAGAGAGUCUUGACCGAACUGAACACUACACUGAGGCCGAGAACGCGUUCCUGUUUGACUUUCAGUGGCGUGGCAGAAAUUGGUGCAUGGAUGCAUCUAAAGAGGAUGGUUCCUUGGGAAGACUUGUAAAUGACGAACACAGAAAUCCUACUUGCAAAAUGAGAACCCUUGAAGUGAGCAGGAAACCUCACCUGUGUCUCUUUGCUGUGCGAGACAUUCUACCAGGGGAAGAAAUCACUUACAAUCACGGAGACUCAGACUGGCCAUGGCGAGUCAAGCCUUUGAAUCAAGCAUCAACUGAAUCCUCUGAUAAAAAGCCAUCCAUCAGUUUGGGUCCGCAGAGAUCGGUAAGUCCACUUUAA